GCCGGCCUUCGGAGGCGCGGCGGGGGGAGGAGGCCUGGGCCUGCUGGCCGGGAGCACCUGGGGAGCCGCGGGCGGCGGGCGGGAGGGAGCACGGGCCCGGGCCGGGCGCGGGCGGCGGCGCGAGCAGGGCGGCCGAGCCCAGCGCUCCCUCCCCAUGGCCGGGAGCGGGCCGCGUAGGCGGCGACGGCGCUGAGAGGCCAGGGCGGGGCGGCCGGGGGCCUGCGGCCGAGUGGAAGAUGAGCGCCCUCCUAGAGCAGAAGGAGCAGCAGGAGAGGCUGCGGGAGGCCGCGGCCUUGGGGGACAUUCGGGAGGUGCAGAAACUGGUGGAGAGCGGGGUUGAUGUGAAUUCCCAAAAUGAGGUCAACGGCUGGACUUGUUUACACUGGGCAUGUAAACGCAACCAUGGUCAGGUGGUCUCAUACCUGUUACAGUCAGGUGCUGACAAAGAGAUUCUUACCACAAAAGGGGAGAUGCCAGUGCAGUUAACAUCAAGGAGAGAAAUCAGGAAGAUCAUGGGAGUGGAAGAAGAUGAUAAUGAUGACGACACCCUUCCUCAGCUGAAGAAGGAGUCAGAACUGCCCUUUGUUCCCAAUUAUUUGGCCAACCCAGCCUUCCCUUUUAUCUAUACUCCCAGAGCAGAGGAUUCASCCCAGYUGCAGAAUGGGGGCUCCUCCACACCCCCAGYAUCCCCCCCUACAGAUGGCUCACCUCCAUUGCUGCCCCCUGGGGAACCCACCCUGCUAGGAGCCUUUCCCCGGGACCACCCUUCUUUGGCACUGGUUCAGAACUGUGAUGUGACUGCCCCCCCUGCCAUACUCAGAACACCAGAAAGCACAAAACCGGGUCCUGUUUGUCAGCCACCAGUGAGUCAGACCCGCUCCCUUUUCUCUUYUGUCCCAUCUAAGCCACCAGUGACUCUGGAGCUUCAAAAUGGGACUUAUACAGGACCGGCGCCAGCAUUCCAGCCAUUUUUUUUUACUGGAACAUUUCCGUUUAAUAUGCAAGAGCUUGUACUCAAGGUAAGGAUUCAGAACCCAUCUYUUAGAGAAAAUGAUUUCAUUGAAAUUGAACUGGACCGACAAGAGCUUACAUACCAAGAACUGCUCAGAGUGAGUUGCUGUGAGCUGGGUGUUAAUCCAGAUCAAGUGGAGAAGAUCAGAAAGUUACCAAAUACGCUGCUAAGAAAGGACAAAGAUGUUGCUCGACUCCAAGAUUUCCAGGAGCUGGAACUGGUUCUGAUGAUAAGUGAAAACAAUUUUCUGUUCAGAAAUGCUGCGUCYACACUGACUGAAAGGCCUUGCUAUAACAGGAGAGCUUCAAAACUGACGUACUAAUGYAGCAGGGACUUUUAUCGCUGAGUAUUGUGACAAUGUAUGUCACCUCUGGGCCAAGGACAAGCCAUUGAUCCAAAAGCCUCGGAUGCCCACGAGGUCCCCUGGUGCCACUGCGUAGUGUACACUAACAUCGUUGUUCUGCCAAGGCAGGAAGCCCCUGUCCCCC